AUGAGGCAUCAGCUGGAGAACAUAUCUAUGUCCUCUCAGAAUACGGAGGGCAGCCUGGACGUCGACGAUCACGUGAUGUACGCGUGGACGCCCAGAGACGGAUUCUCCACCAUUUCGCACUGUCAGUAUAAUGGGGAGUGGCCCUCCGAAACUCACCGACCGAACGAAUCGCGACAGCACGGCUACCACUUGACGCUGGUUUCCAGUGAGGAAAUGGUUCUUCCCUGGGCGUACCGGCAAAAUGGCACUACACAAAUAGCUCGGUUAACUGGUGGAAUUAUCUCUAUCACAAGAUCAUCUCACCGCGGGCGAUGGGGUCGCCUCGUCCCGACGCUGCGCCUUAAU